UUCCGUUUUCCGACCCGCUUUUACUUCCUUUCCGCCUGUAGAGCCUUGUCGUGAACACGCGAAAACUCUCAGUGAAAAUGCGUUACGUUGCUGCUUAUCUUCUCACUGCCCUGGGUGGCAAAGAAAAUCCCAAUGCAAGUGACAUCAAAAAGAUUUUGGAGAGCGUUGGCAUUGAGGCUGAUGCGACCCGUUUGGAUAAGGUCAUAUCAGAGCUUAAUGGCAAAAAUGUUGAGGAUGUGAUUGCCCAAGGCUACAGUAAGCUGGCUAGUGUGCCAACUGGUGGUGCUGUGGCGGUGGCCACUUCUGCAGCACCUGCUGCCGGAGGUGCCGCUGCCCCUGCUGCUGCAGCAGAGGAGAAAAAGGAGGAGAAGAAAGAUGAGUCUGAGGAAUCCGAUGAGGACAUGGGAUUCGACCUGUUCAACUAGACAGUUUAAGCAGGACCAAAAUAAAGUUGUUGGGUUUUUUUUUUGUGA